AUGAAUCGAUCUCAUAGUCACCUUGGUGCAUAUUAUAGUCGUAAUUUAUCUUUACAUAAACCUGGCACCAUACCCAAGUCAUGCCGAAAUAUUUCACCGAUCACAUCAAGUUAUCAUAAAUAUGAAUUAAAACAAAAAAAAUGGCCAAAACAAACGGUCGAAGCAUGGUUUCAAAAUCAUUCAUCUCAUGAUCGUCGAGCUGUUUAUAGUUUUCUCAAUACACUUUAUGAUAGUGAUGACGAUCGCUCUCAAGUAGAUAAGCGAUCACCUAUUGAACGACGUCGAAGAUCACCUAGUCCAAGACCUCCUAGCCGUGUUAAUACGGCCCUCGCCAAUUCACCAAGCCAUCCAUUGCAAAGACGAAUGUCAAAUAAUGACAGAAAUGAAAGCAGAACAUCGAAACGUGAUCUUGGAGAGAUUCUUGAAACAUUAGAAUGUUUACGUCAUUCACCACCAUUGCAAGAAAAAGGCAUUCAAACAUCAACAACGCCAUUGACAAUUCCAUUACCUCAUGUAAAUGGUAUAAAUAAUGGACGCAAAACAGAGGAAAAAUUAAGACGUUCAGCAACAGCAUUCGACAAGUAUACGGAAACAGUUCAACCAGAAACGUUAACAGACAAUACAUCAAAUGUAAAUGUUGCUGAAAGUCCUAAAACAAGCGUCCGGUAUUUAUCUAAUACAUGGCGUGUAAUAAAUCCACGAGAAGAUAUGGAACAAAAUGUUCGUCCUGAAAACAAUAGAUCAUCUUUUUUUAAUUUUACAAAAAAAGUUUAUCCUGAAUAUUUUUUUAUUCAUCCCGAUUGGUAUUAA